AUGAGCUUUUGUUCAAAAAACAUUAGCCCAAAGAAUUUACACGAUGAUGAUAUAAAUAUUGGCAGUAGGCUUAUCACGGAUGAGCAUAUAAAGGAGAUUGAAGAUCUUAUACCAUCAACUAGAAAAUCUGCAACAAAAAAUGAAGUACAACUGAAAGAAGCUGCAAGACGUAUUUUAGAAAACCCCUGUGCUGUAAUUUCAAAUUGUUCUUUGACGAAAAGAAUUGAUUACGAUGCAGCAAAUUUUCUUGUUGAACAGUGUCUACUUUUAUUUACUGAAGAUUUAUUUAAUGAUCAUAGUCAACUUGAUCCUGGAGGAUAUGUUAAAUACAUACCAGAAACUAUUGAUCUGAUAUUCAUGGGUCGCCUAAUUCAUUAUGAUAUAGAUCCAGGUUCAUACUUUAAUAAUAUCGGUAUUCCUGAACCUUGGAUAUCUUAUUUAUCUACCAAUGGAAUCAAGUUUUUAACUACUAUGAAUAUUUAUCGAAACAUAUUACGUUUAACAUCACCACCAGAAAAACAUACGAGCUCUUCAAAUGUGAACAAGCUAGAUGACAACCUAGCUGAUAAAAAUUAUCAUUAUAUUAACAAAACUGAUUUCAUUUCAGAUGUUACACAAAAAAAUUUUAAGUAUUCAAACGACAUAAAAAUCAUGAAUGCAAUCGAUGAGUCUAGCAUUAAUAGAUGUAAUGAACCACCAGCAAAAAAACCACUUGAUAUACCACAAGAUAGUAAUCAUAUUCGUAACUCAGCAUCUAAUCAAUCAAUAAUGACAUUGAACUCACUGCGAAAACAUAUGGUUGGGUUGAAAAAUAUGAACAGUACAACAUGUUAUAUUAAUGCAGCAGUACAAUGUUUGGCAAGCACGCCUCCUCUAGUUAACUGGUUAUUCAAUCAGUUAGAUCAAUUAAAUAAAUGUCAAUUAUCAAAUCAAGGAAAAUGUUGUUCUGUUUGUGAAUUAACAAAAAUAAUAUCUUUAAUUCAUCCAUCAUCAAAAAACCAAUAUUGUGAAGUAAAUCACUUUAAUAUUCCAUCAGCUGAUUCUAUCAGAAAUAAUGUACAUUUAAUAUCGUCUGUAUUUUGUGUUGGGAAUCAAGAAGAUGUUAGUGAAUUUAUUCUAAUGUUAUUUAAUCAUUGCAUUUCUUGCUUUCCAUUACAUUUCUCUGCAUCAUCAACUAUGUCUUUGUAUCCAACAAUCAUUGAUCAAAUAUUUACUAUUAAACUUUUAUCAUCCGGACAAUGUCCUUCAUGUUUAUAUAUGUUUCAAAAUCAGGAAAUUAUUAACAUGUUAUUAAUUGAAAUUGAUAAUUUAAAUGAAUUAAAUGAUGCUCUUGCGCAUUUUGUCCACCGAGAAGCAAUUCAUGAUUUUAAAUGUAGUAACUGUGAUCAAUCAGUGAAAAUUGAUAAACGUAUUACUAUUGAUGAAUUAUCACCAAUAUUAAUUGUAAAUUUUAAAAGAUGUACUAUGACAUUUGAUUCAACUGAAAAACUUGUGCAUCGAGUGAAUUAUAAUGAAUUAUUAGAUAUGUCUCCUUACAUGACAUCGAAUUCAUGUAUUUCGAACGAUAAAGAUCAAAAUGUUAAUUUAUCAAAUACUUAUUGUUACAAAUUGUAUGCUGUCAUAAACCAUGUUGGUACGAAUUUGAACAGUGGUCAUUAUUACGCCUAUAUUCGAUCAUCAGAUGAUAUUUGGUUUCUUAUUGAUGAUGCUAAGUGUCGAAAUGUAUCAGCGAGUGAAGUUCUAGGUCAUUCUGAAGCUCUGAUACUCUUUUACGCUAAACUAUCUUAUUCAUCGACAAAUACCAGCACAUCAGUGAAACAAAAUAAACAUCAAUUAAUGACUUCAACACCAGCAAAUAAUCGUGUUUCAUACUCUUCUAUCCUCUCUUCAUUGGUCAUGAAUAAUUCAACACCAAUUAAUCGACACAGUUGGCUUAAAGAUGAGCAACCAUCGAAUAAUAAUCAUGCUGAUCAUGCUGAACCUCAAAGAAAUUUUCCAUUGGAACUAUUAAAUACUUCAUCAAUUGCUAACUCACCAGACAAUUCUGUUUUGAAUGAUGAACCACUUCCUGGACAAACAGAAAGUAGUAUAACGAUUUGUACUAGAUUUUCAACUGAUUCUAUUGAAAAAAAAAGAAAAAAUAUUGAUGAUACAUUUAAUAAAGAGUUGCCAUGUUCAUCAAUGUCUUAUUCAAACACAUCUCAUUACUCAAUAACUUAUUCAACUCAUGAUGAAGAUAUAAGAAAAGAGAAUUGUAAAAAGUUAGCAUCAGUGGCAUCAGGCGUGAUGAUUGAAGAAAUAUAUGAACGAACUCUUCCACAAACGCACGAUUUUCGUUUAAAUCAAACUGAAAUUGUAAAACUGAAUCUUUUUCGACAACAAGAUUUAAAUAAACAAUCUGAUCGUAGAAUGCGCAGUAUGGGACUAGCACCAGAAACGCUUACUGUUAAAACAAGUCAAUCGAAAAUUAGUAUUAGAUCUACUUCAACGAAUGAUAAAAGUGAUGAUACUUCUUACAAAAAAAAUAAUGAUGUUAAAUCAAAUCGUAAAGUUAAUAUUGAAUACCUUAAUUUACUUUUGCCCCAUCUGAAACAUUAUAAUGCUGCUUGUGGCUUAUGCGUUCGAUCUCGUUAUUUUGGCAAGAACGUUUCUAAAUCGAAUGCUCUUCUAGUACGAUGUAUCUUGAAAUGUAAUGGUCGUAGCUGCAAAUUUAAAUGUAAUGUACAAGUCUUAAAUAAUGGCUUUUGUUUUGUUAUUGCAUUGAACCGAAAAAUUUUUCAUCAUGUUGGUGAACGAAUUGGCCGUCAUAUUCGUGGUUCUCGACGUCAAGCAAUCAUUGAUAAAUUUAAAUCAGGUGCAUCUGUUUAUCGAUUACAUAGUCAAUAUCAUGAGCAACGAAGUAAAAAUGAAAAAAAGGGCUUUAAUUAUGAUUCUACAGGCAAAUCGAAGAAAGUAUUCAAAAAAAUUAAAGCCGAAGCUACUGUUGAGUCAUUACUUUCACCAGAUGUUACACUAGGCAUUCUACAGCUUCAUGAUAAAUUGGCUGAUGAAAUAAACAAUGAUGGAAUUAUCACUGGUGCCCUUCAAGUUGUUCAGUUUCGUCCGUUUUGUACUGUUGCAUUUACUGAAGCUUCGAUACGUUUAUAUGAUGCUAUUGUCAGUCAUCCAGAAACAGUUUUAUCAUGGGAUGCAACAGGUGGCAUCAUUAAAAAUACUGCAUUAAGUUCGAGACAAUGUUUAUAUUACGAAUUAACAGUAUCGCAUCCGAAUGUAGUUAAUGAAGACACGUUAAUUCCAUUAACAUUUAUGUUGUCAGAAUCUCAAACACUUCUUACAAUUACUAAUUGGUUAACCACAUUUAAAGAAAGUUAUAAAAAAGUAAGUUCUGUGAGAACCUAUAUUGAAAGUUCUAUACUACGCAUUCCACUACGCUCAAAAAUGACUAUCUUACAAUUUUCUUGGUUUUCGUUUAUUACAUUUCAGAUAUUUCCACAUAAGAAAGAUUCAUUUCCACGACCAGCUGUAAUUUUAUCAGAUCGAGCUCAAAUUUUUCUUCAAGCUGCGCUUCGGAUAUAUAAUGAUGAAAAUUAUCAGCAAUUUCUCGCACGAGCUUAUCGUAUUGUUACUAAUCAAGCUAUUCAAGAUGACUUAUUCAAAACUAUCAUUCAUGCUUGUUUGUCACAUUUUAUGUUUGAUAUGAGAAAACGUAUCAAUAAGUACUUACCCGAAGAUAUUCGUGAAUUCGCUAUGUGGUGCAUGUCGUUAUUAGUUAAUACUGGUAAAUGGAACGAGAUGAAAGAGAACUGGCGAUUAAUGUGUCGAGUGUUCAUAAAUUAUUCAACAAAUGAAACAUUAGACUUUAAACAAAGUUAUUCAAUUCUUCUUAGUCGUAUUAAUCACAUUACAAAUGAUCCGAAUACAUCUAAAAGAUUUGCUUAG